AGAUGAACGCCCUCCUAGAGCAGAAGGAGCAGCAGGAGAGGCUUCGAGAGGCCGCGGCCUUGGGGGACAUUCGAGAGGUGCAGAAACUGGUGGAGAGCGGGGUGGAUGUUAACUCCCAAAAUGAGGUCAACGGCUGGACCUGUUUACACUGGGCAUGUAAACGCAAUCAUGGCCAGGUGGUCUCUUACCUGUUAAAAUCCGGAGCUGACAAAGAGAUUCUUACCACAAAAGGAGAAAUGCCAGUGCAGUUGACAUCAAGGAGAGAAAUCAAGAAGAUCAUGGGAGUGGAAGAAGAUGAUGAUGAUGAUGGCAGCCUCCUGCAGCUGAAGAAGGAGUCAGAACUGCCCUUUGUUCCCAACUAUUUGGCCAACCCAGCCUUCCCUUUUAUAUACACCACCGCAGCAGAGGAUUCAGCCCAGCUGCAGAACGGGGGCCCCUCCACACCGCCUGCAUCACCCCCUGCAGAUGGCACAUCCCCAUUGCUCCCCACUGAGGACCCUCCCCUGCUAGGAUCCUUUCCACGGGACCACACCUCUUUGGCACUGGUUCAGAACGGUGAUGUGUCUGCCCCCUCUGCCAUACUCAGAACACCAGAAAGCACAAAACCAGGUCCUGUUUGUCAGCCACCUGUGAGUCAGAGCCGUUCCCUGUUCUCAUCUGUCCCAUCCAAGCCACCAGUGUCUCUGGAGCCUCAAAAUGGAACAUAUGCAGGACCGGCACCAGCAUUCCAACCAUUUUUCUUCACUGGAGCAUUUCCAUUUAAUAUGCAAGAACUGGUACUCAAGGUGAGGAUUCAGAACCCAUCUCUUCGAGAAAAUGAUUUCAUUGAAAUUGAACUGGACCGACAGGAGCUCACCUACCAAGAAUUGCUCCGAGUGAGUUGCUGUGAGCUGGGUGUUAAUCCAGAUCAGGUGGAGAAGAUCAGAAAAUUACCCAAUACUCUGUUAAGGAAGGACAAAGAUGUUGCCCGACUCCAAGAUUUUCAAGAGCUGGAACUGGUUCUCAUGAUAAGUGAAAAUAAUUUUCUGUUCCGAAGUGCUGCAUCCACACUGACUGAGAGGCCUUGCUAUAACCGGAGAGCUUCAAAACUGACUUAUUAA